AUGACAACUAGUAUUGACAGCUAUUCACGAGAAGAAACUGUAAAUGAUAUUCUAUUGAGGUUACCCGUGAAAUCGCUGUUGCGAUUCAAAUGUGUAUGUAAAAGCUGGCACGAUCUUAUUAAAAGCUCGAGUUUUAUCAAGAAGCACUUUGAUAACGAGAGUAAUCGUCCUCGUCUCUGGUUUUGUAAGUUUGGUGUUGACUAUAGACCACAGCCCCCUUUAAGAGCUAUUAACUUUUUCUUGCUCCCUGAGAAAAUAAUUGCAGGCGUCGUCCCUGCUCGUCAGAGGAUUUAUCGUUGCGAAGGUGUUAGUGAUUUUAGAGGUAUUUAUGGUCCAGUUGAUGGCUUAUUCCUAUUAGAGAAAGGACAUUUUCUACUUAAUGUUCGGUUUGCUUGGUGGAAUCCUGCUACCAAAGAGUGUAGGAUUAUUCCUAUGGUACAAUUUGAGCUUCAGAGAUUUUUCGAUGAACAUGAUCGUGUAGUUGCAAUAGGGUUAGAUUCAGUGAAUCAAGAUUAUAAAGCAUUAACGCUACGAAUAUAUACGAAUGAAGAGAAGAACGAGGUUUAUCCUAAGGUGUUUGCUGCUAUCUAUUCGUCGAAUAAUGACUCCUGGAAAUACCUGGACCCGAAUUUCCCUUACGAUAGCAUUACAACGUUCGACUUUGUGACCGAGCUGUUUGAGGAAAUGGAAGGACCGCCGAUUUCAGGUGAACACUGGGGAGCUCUGAUGUUGCGCGGAGGCUCUCUCGCUGCAAUGUCUUGUGAUGAAAUGGCUCAGCCUCAGACAUCGUGUUAUGAUAUAUGGGCAAGGAUUGGAGAGAAUAAUUGGAUUAAAGUUUAUACUGUUAAUCCUCCUAUAACUUGGCAUUGGCCUCUUGGCAUGUGGGGGUAUGAUAAGUUUAUUUAUGAAAUGACACAAACUUACAAUAAUGUGUAUUAUGACCACACUGCUAAAAAAGUUACAGAUUUUGGUUUUAAUUUCACUGAUAUAGGCUCUGGCAGUAUUUGGCCUAUACGUUACAAGGAGAGCCUAGUUCCAAUAAAUAGAGAAAAUCCGACUGAGCAGGAUAAUCUUGAAUAUUUCUUCACCAAGUUUUAG